UGUAUUUCAUAUUUAGAUGAUGAUGUAUUACAUGAUGAAGAGUUAGAUAAAGAACUCCUCUGGAAUCUUCAACUUUUAUCAGAGAUCACUCGUGUGGAUGGGAAGAGGUUGCUGCCAUACAGGGAGCAGCUUUUGAAGAUUCUGCAACGAACCCUCCAUUUAACCUGUAAGCAGGGUUACAUUCUGUCUUGUAACCUACUGCACCAUCUUCUUCGUUCUACUACACUUAUCUACCCCACAGAAUACUGCAGUGUGCCAGGUGGUUUUGACAAGCCUGUUUCUGAAUACUUUCCUAUCAAGGACUGGGGUAAACCUGGUAAUCUACAGAAACUUGACAUUCAGUGGCAUGUUCCUUCAGCUGAAGAAGUUGAUUUUUCUUUUGAAUUGUUGGAUACUUUUCUCCAGCCAGAGAUUAACAAACUGGAGCGGUAUUCAGAUGGAAGCCUUGAAAUGUCCAGAGAUGAUGUUCAGCAGUGUCUUACUAUAGUACACAAUUGCCUUAUUGGAUCGGGAAACAUGCUGCCACCUCUGAAAGGAGAAAAAGUGGCUCACAUGGUUCCAAGUCUAGUGUCAUUGGAAGAGAUCAAACUUUUUACAGGUGUUGAAUAUGAUUUGUCGAAAGAGAAUUACAGGGAAAGAAUCUGCAAAGUGACAAGGAAACUCCUACACUUUGUACUUGACAACUCGGAGGAUGAUACUAAGUCUUUGUUCCUAAUCAUUAAGAUCAUUGGGGACCUCUUACAUUUCCAAGGUUCACAUAAGCAUGAGUUUGAUUCACGGUGGAAAAGUUUUAACUUGGUGAAGAAAUCAAUGGAGAAUAGGCUUCAAGGCAAGAAACAGCAUAUUAGAGCACUGCUCAUUGACAGAGUCAUGUUACAGCAUGAGCUAAGAACACUCACUGUUGAAGGCUGUGAAUAUAAAAAAGUACAUCAGGACUUGAUCAGGGACCUUCUUCGUUUAUCUACAAGUUCAUAUGGUCAGGUCAGGAACAAAGCUCAACAAGCAUUCUUCACAGCCUUGGGGACUUACAACUUCUGUUGCAGAGACAUCAUUCCUUUGGUUUUGGAGUUUUUGAGGCCAGAUGGGUACAGUGUCACCCAGCAACAAUUUAAAGGUGCCUUGUAUUGCCUUCUUGGAAAUCAUAGUGGAGUAUGUCUGGCAAAUCUUCAUGAUUGGGACUGUAUUGUCCAAACUUGGCCUGCAAUUGUCUCUUCUGGACUUAGCAAAGCAAUGUCUCUGGAAAAGCCUUCCAUAGUUAGACUCUUUGAUGACCUUGCAGAGAAAAUCCAUCGGCAGUAUGAAACAAUAGGACUGGAUUUUACUGUAAGUGUGAAAUAAUUACUUCACUUGCAAUUGUUUAGGAAUGAAGCCUGGUUACUUAGGGACUAUGUGUCUCCUGUUAGUAUCUGUCCAGCCAGUUUGAUUUGGUGGGUUUGGUGUGCUCUGGC